CGACGUUUACAGUUUAUCCACGUGAUUGAGUCAGCUGGACGACAAACAGGGUACAGAAGGAAAGAAAGAGAUCGACGAAGUAAAAUGGAUUUACGAAUAGGUGGAUUGGGGCAGCUGUCUCCGCUGGAAGAGUCCAGCGCCGAGGUGAGCAGAGACAGCGGUGUUGUGUCCCAGAGCGAAAGCAGUUUGUCGAUGGUGAGCGAAGGACUCAGCAGCGGCACGGUCUCGCAGAGUCAGAGCUUCAGUGCGGUGGUCUCUCAGCCUGAACAGGGGGACGAAGACGAACAGUUGCUGCUGCUGCAGCAAACUGCACAUAGUUAUUCCUCUUACAUCAGGGCCACUGCAACCGAUGAGAUCCACAGUUUAGAGAAGAGCUUGGAAGAAAUGCUGACUCGUGUGGACGAGUUCGUUGGAAUGCUUGACAUGAUCCGGAAUGACACAUCUCAGGUUGUCAAUGAAAAUCUACCUCAAAUUCACAAAAAAUCUGAAGAAAUGAGAGAAAUUUACAGAAAAAUUGAUAAACUUGAGGCUUUUGUGAAGAUGGUUGGCAUCAAUGUCAAUGCAAUGGAGGAGCAAGUUGCGCAAGCAGAGGGUGAACAGGGCACUCUCCCUGGAGCAUUCAAGAAGAUAUUCCGCACAAUGAACGUCCCCGGAUUUCUGAACAAGCCAGUGAGCCCACGAAGGCAACAGCAGCACCAUCAGGAGCCCUCUGUAUUCAGGACUGAGGAUUACUUCACAUCACAUGCAGAUCAUUGACAGUGAUCCCAGCACAGAAACUUCAUUUCCCACUUCCACCACCGGGGAAAUGCUCUUUUUAUCAGUGCUCGACUGCCUGGACGUUGGAGGCAAUAACACAUAUCCUUCGGAAGAUCGUGUGGUCUUUGGUGCAGAGCUUUUAACAAGCAAUACUGUCCUUUUUAGCAUUCGCAGAUGUGCAGCUUAUCGAAGUCCCUGAGUCCGCCGGUGUAGCGAACAAAGAAUCUGGACCUUGCACUCCGAGCAGCCAACUUUGUGUAGCCAAACAUUAUCGUUGAUUUUAAAUGGUUUGUUUACUAAGAUCCUGUGCAGAAAGUGCCUGCCUUUUUUGUCUGUUAAAACCCCCUCUGCCUCAGUGUAAAGAGAAGUCGGUAUUGAUGUGGUUGGAGGGAUUGGUGCGAUGGACUCCUUAAACUGGCUGCAGAUGGACUAACAGGGCAAAUUGGCCUAACUGGGUGGAUAGUACAGUACAUGGAACUGUAAACCUGCGCAACACUUAAUUGUACAAGUAAUUUCUGCAGAAAUUGACUUUAAUAUGAUAUUUGACAUGUAAAGGAACUUUUCACAAUUUCCAAAUGAGCAAUUUCCAAAUAAAUGUUUUAGUACUUACUGGUGUAUAUAGGCAUACGUGUUGUUUGUUUUAUAUACCUAAAUGUUGAGCACAUUGCCAUUCUGUUUAUACAUUUUAAAUUGAUGCAUUUACUAGUAUUGAGUUAAUGAUAAAAUAUUAUUUCCACUUUUCCUUUAUAGAAGAUUCUAAUCCACAGCUUGUGUUUGUGCGCAUGCAUUUUCGGCUUUGUUCACAUUUCUCAUCCUCAUUGUACGCUUUUGGUAAAUUCAAACAUAGUACUCUCAUUGCUGUUGAUAAUCUAUCAUUGAUGUACAUACUAAAUACUAAAUAAAGUCAUGUCUUUUUAUUGCAGUCUCAACAAUUCA